AUGUGUGGAAUCUUCGCUUGCUACCGUCAUCCCGACGUCCAAAAGUUCAAGCCAAUCGCGCUUCGACUCGCAAAGCAAAUCCGCCAUCGCGGCCCCGAUUGGAGCGGCAACAUCAUCUCCAACAGCACGAUCCUCUGCCAUGAGCGAUUGAGCAUUGUCGGCGUUGAGUCGGGUGCCCAGCCCCUGACCAAUGCCGACGAGUCGCUCGUCCUUGCUGUCAAUGGCGAGAUCUACAACCACCGUCUGGUCCGGAAGCACCUGAAGGAGUCGUACCAUUUCAAGACGCACUCGGACUGCGAGGUCAUCAUCCCAUUGUACAUGGAAUAUGGCCUCGAUGCCCCCUGCCACCUGGACGGCAUGUUCUCCUUCGUGCUGUAUGACAAGAACCAGGAUCGCAUCAUCGCCGCCAGAGACCCAAUCGGCAUCACCACCUUUUACCAGGGCUGGUCGUCCAAGGAGCCGGGCACCGUCUACUUUGCCUCUGAGCUCAAGAGCCUGCAUACCGUCUGCGACAAGGUCGUAGCCUUCCCUCCCGGUCACAUCUACGAUUCCAAGACGGGCGAGACUACCCGGUACUUUAAGCCGUCAUGGUGGGACCCCUCCAAGGUUCCCUCAACCCCCGUCAACUACAAGUCUCUUCGAGGCGCACUGGAAAUAGCUGUCAAGAAGAGGCUCAUGGCUGAGGUCCCAUAUGGUGUCCUGCUGUCUGGUGGAUUGGACUCGAGCCUGGUUGCUUCCAUUGCGCAGCGCGAGACUCUGCGAUUGAAGAAAAAGGCCCUGCAAACCAACGGUGGUGUCGAGCCCGAGGGCAACCCCGAUCUGGGUGAGGGACUCGUGGGCAUUGACGACGACGACAAUCUCGAAACUGUCACCUAUUUGCCUCAGCUCAACUCCUUCUCCAUUGGCCUCCCUGGCUCUCCUGACAACAAGGCAGCCCUCGAGGUUGCCAAGUUUCUUGGUACCAAGCACCACGUCAUGACCUUUACCAUCGAGGACGGCCUCAAUGCGCUCACAGACGUCAUCUACCACCUCGAGACGUACGACGUGACGACGAUCCGCGCAUCCACCCCCAUGUACCUGCUGUCGCGCAAGAUCAAGGCCAUGGGCAUCAAGAUGGUGCUGAGCGGAGAGGGAAGCGAUGAAAUCUUUGGCGGCUAUCUGUACUUCCACGCCGCGCCCGACAAGAAGGCUUUCCACGAGGAGACUGUCCGUCGUGUCAAGAACCUCCACCUGGCCGACUGCCUGCGUGCCAACAAGUCGACUUCGGCCUGGGGUCUCGAGGCCCGAGUGCCUUUCUUGGAUAAGGAGUUCCUCGAGACGUCGAUGAACAUUGACCCCCAGGACAAGAUGAUCACAAAGGACAGAAUGGAAAAGUACAUCAUCCGCAAGGCCUUUGACACGAGCGACGAGCCGGACAACGAGCCAUAUCUUCCAGAGUCGAUUCUUUGGAGGCAGAAGGAGCAGUUCUCAGACGGCGUCGGAUACGGAUGGAUUGAUGCCCUCAAGGACAACGCCGAGCUGCACGUCACGGACGAGAUGAUGAAGAACCCGAAGCCGGAGUGGGGCAACGACAUCCCCGACACCAAGGAGGCGUAUUGGUAUCGAUUGAUGUUUGACGAGCACUUCCCCCCGCAUUGCGCCUCGACGGUGAUGCGCUGGACGCCGACGUGGUCCAAGCAGACGGACCCCAGUGGCAGAGCCAUCUCGACCCACGUUGACAAGUAUGACAACGCUGCUUAA